CACGCCCUUUGACCGCCCACCUCUAUUCGUUCACAUUUCUCGUCUAAUAGUGACUGAUAGCGACGACUGGCAAGAGAAUACAGCGACGCAGAAGACACAUCAUCGGCAUACCAACACCGAGUAUUACUGUUUUACAAUCUUCCUAUCGAAACCCGGGAUACAAAACAAAAACCAGCGGACAUGGCCGAUUCACGUCAAGGGCGUCUUGCCGGCAAGAAUGCCAUGGUCACCGGUGCGGCCGGUGGCAUCGGCCUGGAAACCACGAUUCUCUUUGCCCGCGAGGGCGCUUCAGUGCUCAUGGCCGACAUUUCCGAGCCGGCACUCGAGCGUGCCCUGACCAAGGUCAAAGAACUCGUGCCCAACCCUCCGCGUUUGCAGACGAUCAAAUGUGACGUGUCCAAAGAAUCCGACGUGGCUGCCGCCGUCGAGUCUCAAGAUGCCCACGGCGGUAUCGACGUCAUGUUCAACAACGCCGGCAUCAUGCACGCCCAGGACGACGACGCCAUCAAUACCCCCGAGGCCAUCUGGGACCUCACCCAGGCCAUCAACGUCAAAGGUGUCUGGUACGGCAGCAAGCAUGCCGUCCUCAGUAUGCGACGACACAAGAAGAAGGCCGGCAGCGUCAUCAACACGGCCAGUUUCGUGGCGUUGAUGGGCGCCGCAACGCCUCAGCUCGCCUACACCGCUUCCAAGGGCGCCGUGCUCGCCAUGACCCGGGAACUGGCCAUUGUCCACGCCCGAGAGAACAUCAGGUUCAAUUCUCUCUGCCCCGGUCCACUGAACACGCCGUUGCUGCAGGAUUGGUUGGGCGACGACGUGCAAAAGAGGCACAGACGUGAAGUUCACUUCCCGAGUGGCCGUUUCGGCGAGGCCAUUGAGCAGGCCCAAGCUGUGCUCUUCCUGGCCAGCGAUGAGAGCAGCUUCGUCAAUGCGACCGAGUUUGUCGUCGAUGGCGGUUUGAGCAGGGCUUAUGUCACGGCUGAAGGACCUGCUCCUGCAGCUCCUUCAAACAAUGUUCAUUAGAAUAGUAUCUCAGUGGUCGGGAAACCAAACUCUCUUCGGCGAGGAUCAUUUUCAUGAGCAUGUGUGUCAAAGAGCUAAGACUCCCUGGUUUUCAUUAGACUGGCUUUACAGAUGGUGUUGCUCCAAGGAACUCGCAACUCUUGUUUUAAGCGAGUCUUCUAUCGAUGGUGCUCAUGAUAAUCAGAAUGACAUCUUCAAUUUUCCCAGUGUUCUCAAUUGAACCCAUGAUUUUGCU